GACAAGAAGAACUCCUGCGAUUAUUUUAGUAUAUGAAAGGGAUAAAAAUUUGCAGGUGUUAAUAUUUUAAUCAAGUUACCCUGUUUAAUAAAUUAAAAUAACUACAGUAAAUAGUAAAAAUAAACAACGAAUCAAAAAUGGCUCAAAUGGAUAUGGAAUUGAAAAAGGCAUUUACCGAAAUGCAAAUUAAUAAAAUCGAGACAACCAAAAAGAUGAAUAUGAUUGACAUGAAGUGCAGUAUGGUUAAAAAUGGUAAACAAAAAUACGAGCUCACCGAAAAGGGCACUAGCGAUCUGAAGGAUGACACAAGAGUGUACCUUUCUGUGGGACGUAUGUUUGUCUUAACCGAUGUAGAAAAUAUGCGUGGUGAUCUGAAAGCUAAACAGGAAAAAUGUGAUAAGGCUAUUGAGCUACUCAAUAAGAAAAAAGAGUUCUUAGUGAAAUCAUUAAAAGAUCAAGAGGAUGGUUUACGCGAAUUAGUCCAACAACGCAAAGAAGCUGAUGCGGCGACAAAAUAAUUAAGCUUUUAAAUUAAGUUGGUAUAAUUUAUUGAACUUGUUAGAUACGUAUGCUGCUUCAUUUAUCAUAAAUGUUUAGCAUUGAUAAAAUCUCCCAGACUUAUUAACGUGAACAAGCUUAAAAAUAUAUUACAUUUAUAUACACUUA